AUGAGGGAUCUAAUGCAUAAUACCUCAUUGGAUCUCAAUACCAAGCCUCUCAGGAUUCUUGAUGACAAUCUGAAACAAGAAGCUGACAGUAAUUUCAUCAAGUUGGGAAUAAGUGCCACUGUUGAAGAAGAGAGAAGGGCUUUAAUGGAGGAGCUGUGUAGGGUGAGUGCCGAAAACAAGAAGCUAACAGAAAUGCUGACUGUGGUCUGCGAGAACUACACCGAGCUAAGAAACCGGUUGGUAGAGCACACAGGCAAAAGUUGUGGGGUGGAAAAUGCAAAUUGUAAUAAUAAUAUUAUUACAGCAUCAAGAAAGAGGAAAGCUGAAAUGAUGGGCAUCAACAAUGUUAUUUUCGACCGGACGGAUGUUAAUGUGGGGUCCACGGACAGCAGCUCGAGCGGUGAAGUUCAUUCGCCCAAGAAACCAAGGGAAGAAGUCGUCAAGGCCAAGAUUUCGCGAGUUCAUGUCCGAACAGAGGCAUCUGACACGAGCCUCAUAGUUAAAGAUGGUUAUCAAUGGAGGAAAUAUGGACAGAAGGUGACUAGGGACAAUCCUUCUCCCAGAGCUUACUUCAGAUGUUCUUUUGCUCCUACUUGUCCUGUCAAGAAGAAGGUUCAAAGGAGUGUAGAAGAUCAGUCGAUAGUGGUGGCAACGUACGAAGGAGAACACAACCAUCCCCACCCCUUGAAGCCCGAGUCGAGUCCCACGAGCAAUCGAAGCGUCAAACCUGGAAAAGUCCUGUGCUCGAAUGCUCAGGGCUCCUCUGCACAAACAAUCACACUUGAUCUCACCAAACCGAACUCAAGUCCUCAAGAGACGAGCAAAUUCGAGACACCACAAGUACUCCAACAGCACUUUGUGGAACAAAUGGCUUCUACCUUGACCAAAGAUCCCAACUUCAAAGCAGCCCUAGCGGCUGCUAUUUCGGGAAAGUUCCUUCAGCAGAAUAAUUGGACGGGAAAAUUGUGA